AUGAGCCCUCUCCCGCAUCGGCGCCCACGGGCACGACGAUGGCGAGGCGAAGCGAUUGUUGCAGGCAUAGUGGCUGUGUUCGCCCUUGUUGUGGCUGCGGGCGGGGCCGAGGUCUGGCUCUCGGAGCUUCACUACGAUAACGGCGGGCUCGACGUGAACGAAGGUGUCGAGGUGACGGCGACGGCCGGCACGCUCAUGAACGGCUACAAGGUGGCGAUGUACAACCAGCUCGGCGAUGUCUACGGCUCGGUCACCCUGCCUGCGAGCACCAUGCCCGACGAGGGCGGAUCGGGAUACGGCGCCAUGUGGGUCGCCUACGCGGGGCUGCAGAAUGGCCCACAGGACGGCAUCGCCCUCGUCCGCAUCGCAGACUCGGCCGUCCUCCAGUUUGUGUCAUGGGGUGGGACGACGACCGGCACCGCCGGCGAGGCAUCGGGCCUCACCUCGCACGACAUCGGCGCUGUCGAGGGCUCCACCACUGCAGAAACCUCAUCGCUCGGCCACGCAGGCAUCGGCGUCGCCGCUCGUCCGGCUGAGCAAUGCGACGACGGCAACGAUGAGGCGGGUGAUGGCUGCUCGGCCUCGUGCGCGAUUGAGGGUGGCUAUGCAUGCCUGACGCCCGGAACGCCGUGCACGACGUGCACCGAGCAUUCCAACGGUAUGGACUGCGCCGGCACUUGCGGCGGCGUGGCAUACAUCGACAAGUGCGGUGAGUGCGUCGGCGGCACAACCGGGCGCGGGCCAGGCGCCUCGCGCGAUGAGUGCGGCGUGUGCUUUGGCGACAACGCGGCCAAAGAUGCGUGUGGCAUGUGCUUUGGCCAUGACGCGGCGCUCGACGGCUGCGGCGUGUGCUUUGGCGACAACUCGACGUGCGCCGGAUGCGACGGUAUUCCGCAUUCGGGCGCGGUCCGCGACGUUUGCGGUGUGUGCGCAGGCGAUGGCUCGACUUGCGUUGGCUGCGACGGUGUGCCCAUUCCGUCGGGUGGCGCCGUGUAUGAUGCUUGCGGCGUGUGCGGCGGCAACGCGACCGUCUGCCGAUUCGGCUGCGACGGCGUCUACGCCUCGGGCGUCCACUUUGACUGCCACGGCGUGUGCGGCGGCAGCGGCAUUGUCGACGACUGCGGCAUGUGCGCCGGCGGGAAUGUCUCGACGCCUCUUGCAUUCAACUACCAUCGUGACAGUUGCGGCGUGUGCUUUGGUCAGGACCUGACCUGCACCACAUGCGCGUCGGGCGUUCUUGACGUGUGCGGUGUGUGCGACGGCGACAACUCGACGUGCGCCGGCUGUGAUGGCGUGCCUAUCGCCCUCGGCGGUGCCGUUGUUGACCUCUGCGGCAUGUGCGGCGGUGAUAGCUCGUCGUGUGAGGCCGGCUGCGACGGAGUGCCCAACUCGGGCGUUAGCUACGACUGCGCCGGCGAGUGCGGCGGCUUGGCAGCUAUCGACAGCUGCGGCAUGUGCUACGGACCGGCUCUGCUCGUCACGACCGCAGAAGUGUUCCUCGAUCAGUGCGGCGUUUGCUUUGGCGGCAAUGCCGGACUAGACAGUUGUGGCAAGUGCCACCGCUCCAACGCCGAUCGCGAUGAGUGUGGCGUGUGCUUUGGCAAUAAUGCUGCCAAGGAUGUGUGCGGUGAGUGCUUCGGCUCCGGCCUUGCUCUCGAUGUAUGCGGCGAGUGCCGCGGGAACGGGACGACGUGUCUUGGUUGCGACGGAGUGCCCAACUCGGGGCUUGUCUCCAACGAGUGCGGCAUCUGCGCGCUGCCGGGCGUCGCCUGCCCUGUGACAAGAUCCAAGACAAAGGCCUGGCGCAACUCGCAGUGGGCCGGCAUCGCCAUGGGCUCCUCGCUCUUACUCUUUCUCAUCAUCGGUGGCGUCCUCCUCGCCGUCUUCCUCCGGCGCAAGCGCACCGUCCGCAUCCUCGCCUACCAGGCCAAGCUCGAGUCCGAGGCGCCGAGCGGCAAGCUGGCCAUCGUCACCUCGGACAUCCAGGACUCGACUGCGUUGUGGGAGGCCGAGCCUGAUCGGAUGGCCGACGUCCUCGACAUGCACAACGAUCUGAUGCGCCGCGCCAUCGAAAAGUCCGGCGGGUACGAGUUCAAGACCGAGGGCGAUGCGUUCUUUGUCGUCUUUGACGCCGUCACCGACGCUGCCGCCUAUGCUGUCGACGUCCAGCGUCAGCUUCUCGCCGCAGACUGGCCCGAGUGGGUGGGCGAUACUGGUGGCUUUCCGGCCGUACCUUGCUACAGCUCUAACGCCAGCCUGUCGAUGUCAUCGCUUGGCGACGCGCUGCUGUGGCGCGGCAUCCGGGUCCGCCUCGGCAUCCACUAUGCCGAGCCGGAGCGGGUCUUUGAGAAGCGCGCAAACCGGGUUCAGUACAUCGGGCCGGCUAUCAAGAUGACAACCAUGGUCGGUGACGUCGCCAACGGCGGCCAGAUCCUGGCCUCGCGCAGCGUAGUCGACGAGCUGCUGGCGUGCGAGGCUCCCGUCCAGCAAGCGUCCUCGGCUGGCUACGGCCUCGCGCCGUUUGCACGCGCCUCGUUUGGAGCCUUUCAUGACAGCGUUGAACUGUGGCAUGUCGCGCCGCAUGGUCUGGAGCAGCGCAUCCCAACAUUCACUUUUGACCGCCUCGAGCGCGAAGCUGAUGUUGUGACUGCGCUGAUACCGGAGCCCGAAGUCAUGUCGCGCAUCCGCAACGCGAACCUUGCGAUCUUGCCACUCCCCAACGCGCCGGCAGCCGCCAUCUGCUCGGGCACCUCGGCUGCGCCGUCCCUCACCAUCGAUACCUCGAGCAGCUACCGGCCCAGAACUGAUGCCUCGCCGCGGGUCCGCAAGGCAAGCAUGGGCCCGGCGCGGAGCAUGCGUCGGUCGCGCGCCAACUCGGUGACGGUCGCCAUGGUGGGUUCGCUGCAAUCCGAUGCCACUGGCAAGAAAAUGGUGUCCUCGCCACGCACCGCCGCUAUUCGGCGCAACAUCUCGCGGCAACGCUCAUCGUCUCGUGGCUCGGUCGUGUCGCGAACUUCCGUCUGCAGCUCCGAAUCCCACGACGACCUGGGCUCGGGCUCGGGCAGCCCGAGAUCGUUCCGGCGAACGACCAGCCGCAGCCGUCGCGUUGGGCCACUCCGAGCCCACGCCCACUCGCACUCGGGAUCCGGCCUGAACCAUACUCGUUCAUCCCGAAAACCCGGUAGAGGACUCAACAACUCGCUGCCGGUUGUCUUGCUUCGGUCACAGACCUCAUCGAAGCUCGAGACCUCUUGCUCGUCCGUUGACAUGUAUGCCACCGUUGAAGAGCCGAUCGACACCGACCACCUCUCAUCAAUGCUCUCGGACGAGUAAAGUCUGCAUAGCAUCUCACACGGCUCCACGCCUUAUCACCACUCUUUCCACCGUUCCACUCUUUCCACAACACAGCAGCGAUGA